CUUCCAAGAUCCCUGCAGGAUGCCAUCGUGGUGGCGAGAACGCUGGGGGCACCUUACAUCUGGAUCGACGCACUCUGCAUCGUGCAAGACGACCUCGCCGACUGGGCCGACCAGGCAGCCCAAAUGUGGCAAAUCUUCGAGAACUCCGACCUGACCAUCGCUGCCGUUUCCGCACGGAAUGUUUUUGAGGGGUUUCUGGAAAGGCCUUGGCAUCAGUCUGUGAAGGUUGCCUGCGAGAGACGUGCUGCCGAUGGAGAGGGUGAGGAGGAAGACGGCCAGGUCUCGCGCGGCGAGCUCGCCCUCCAGUUCCCACACAACUCGUCCAACUCGGACUCACUUGUCAAUUCUCGGUGGAAUGAGAGAGCUUGGAUAUUCCAAGAGCAGAUUCUCUGUAGCCGCAUUCUGUACUUUCUCGACGAGCUCCUGGCCAUGGACUGCCUCAGCUCACAGCUGAGAACCGAGGUCCCACUAGACCACAAACCGCGCACGCAGAGGAACCCGUGGACCCCCAAGAUCCUACCAAAGACGGGAACCAGCCAUGUCCGCACGAGGGGAGACGACUAUCUCGACUGGUACGCCCUCAUGACCUUUUACUCGGGAAAGCAACUGUCUUUUCCCGAGGACAAGCUGCCCGCCGUGUCCGGUCUCGCACACAAGAUGUUACAGACACAUAAUGAUACAUAUCUGGCUGGCCUGUGGAAAGGGGACCUUUGCCGGGGCCUAAUGUGGUGGCCAAUGAACAAUAUCAGAGCUGCUGAGUAUAGCACAUAUGUGGCGCCGAGCUGGUCUUGGGCGGCACAUAAUGGUGGGGUGACUUGGGCGUCCCAAGGCCCUACUGGCUUUCGACAGGAAAUGGAGCUUCUGGACGUGGUAGUGAGUCCGGCCGGAGCGGAUCCCCACGGCCGACUCCAGAGCGGCUACCUCGAUGUUGUGGCCAAGACACUGCCC